UUGUACCUCUCCGGUGAAGCCCUCGUCGCAUGCAAAUACUUAUAAAGUUUUUCCGGUAGCAUUUAGCCGUAUUUUGAAGAAAAGACAGGGAGAGAAGAUGGAGUAUAUAUUGAGGACGCUGACGAAGAAGGAAGAAGUAGAUUCGAUAAUAAGGGACACAAUCGACAAAGUUCUCGUCCUCCGUCUCGGCCGAUCCUCUGAUCCUCUUUGCCUCCAGCUUGACGACAUCCUGUAUAAAUCUGUGAGGGAGGUGUCCAAGUUUGCGACUGUGGCUUUAGUGGAUAUUGAUUCAGAGGACGUUCGAGUUUAUGUCAAGUAUUUUGAUAUAACCUUAAUACCAUCUACCAUUUUCUUCUUCAAUGCUCAUCAUCUGAAGAUGGAUUCUGGGAGUGCAGAUCACACCAAGUGGGUUGGAGCAUUUCAAAGAAAACAAGACUUCAUUGAUGUUGUAGAGGCAAUAUUUAGAGGGGCCAUGAAAGGCAAGCUCAUAGUGACUUGUCCCCUUCCUCCAGAGAGAAUACCAAAGUUUCAGUUGCUAUACAAAGAUGUUUAGCAGACUGUUGAUUGCUGAGCUGCAAGAGAAAACUUCACAUCUUGAAAACCAUUGUUUCUGGAUGAUUAUAUUGACCAUUACGAAUCCAUAUCACGAAGUUGAAAGGGUUCUGAAUUUUGGUACUUUUUAACAUCAAUAUAAGAAACAGGAUCGCAAUAGACUGAUUUAGGAGACAGAUAUCUUGUUGAAUUAAUGCAGAAUCAGGACAUUUCUCUUGGAUAUCUUAGCUGUUAGAAGACCUGUAUCGUUCAGAAAGCAUCGGAGUAUGAUGGGGUGAUACAAUGCAAGUGAUAAAUCUGAGUAGUUCAGUUAGUUGACUAUCAGAACAUUCACCUUGUUGGUAAGGGUUCGACUCUCCAUUUUGUAAUCCCCUCCCCCAUUUCCCAUU